ACACGGCACCUGGUCACCUCAGCUGCACGACCUGCACACGCCAGCACUCCUCAACAUCUCAACUCCUCAACACCUCAACACCUCAACAGCUGAACAGCUCACCUGAUCAUCCACACAUAAAAUGGCGCAGAGUAUCCUGAUCGCAUCUGUGUUCGCAGUCCUGAUCAUCUCCGUGGGAGUCAGUGCUAAGCGCGGCUGCUCGGCGUUCGGCCACUCUUGCUUCGGCGGACACGGCAAGCGGAGCGACUCGUCGCUAGACUCAUCCAACACGGAGGUGCUGGGUCGGCGGCAGCUGGGGCAGGCGGAGACGCCGCCGCAGCCCGGCUACCCGCGCUACGGGAUGCUGGCUGCAGGAGAUGACAUCAUCCCUGUUAGAGACGGAGGAGCUUACGAUCGGGAGGGCGCCACUGCACGAGAUGCCAUGAAACUAAAGUUGCGGAACGUUCUCAGAUAUUGGAUGGACUACUACAGGCGGUCAAGGCAAAGCAACGACGAUGGGUACUUGUUCGAAACUAUAUAAAUUGUAUACCUUUAUAUGUAUAGACAAAAUAAUACGAUUCAUUAAUAAAUGUACAUUUUGAAAGUUGUUCGACGAAGUAAGCCCAUUCACUUGUGCAAAUAUACUUUUUUAAUAUUUGAUUUUCCUAACAUGAACCUUGUACCUAAACAAAUACGUUUUCAUUUUAGGUCAUUCAAUUCAAAUGAUUUGAUUGACCUGCAAUGAAAACCUUUAUUGGAGUUGGCGAUAACUUUGAUAUACAAAAUAUCGUCUUAUAUUAUUAAAACAUGCUAUCUUUUUUCUUCCAUAGUAAGUAAAAAAAAAUUAACAGAAUCAAGACUGGGCUUAUUUUUUGAACUUUACCUUGACUGUUUUAGAUAUAAUAUGAUAUUUUAAAGUCAAAUACUUCAAAUUUGUAAAUCUCUUUAGAAAAAUAAUUCGUCAAUUAAAAGUGUAACACAACCAAACCUAAAUGUAUGACUUCUUAUUGAUUUGUUGUUUAAAGGCUGGAUUUUUGUUUCAAUGUUUUCGAGCUGUAUAUAAUAUACUGUCAUUUGUAUGAAAAAGUUGAUUAAAUUUGAUGUUUUUAGCAUAAAUUAAUGUAUUUUCGUACUGUUAAAGUGUUAUACGUAAUGUUUAAACUUCUUUCAAAAGUUUAAUAAAAGUUGAAUUAUAGGAAAAGGCUUCAAAUAUUCAAAGAUGUUAUAAUAUGUUGUUACUUAUCUUGGCUAUAAAUUUAGGCACAGUUAGCAAAAGCUGAAUCUGAAUGAAUACUUAUAUUAUUCAUUUACUAUGUUUUGACUGCUUAAAAAACUAAACCGCUUUUCUAAAAUAAACCGAUUAAUUGUGUAUAUAUCGACAUUGUUUAGACUGCAUGUUGUCAACAGCGCGUCAGCAAACACAGCUUCAGAUAUCUGGGUAUGAGAUUCUUUACACUCUUGAAGCGUCCCAAUCACUCGACGGAUUUUAAUCAAUGAGGUACCUAUCUGUCGAAGCAUCAACGAACAAAUGAUAGAGACACAAAUCUCAGUGGACGCCAACCAUUUUGAGGCACCUGUAACUACUAGGUAUAUAUUUUUCUAAAUACUCGAAAUGGUCUAACGAUACGUCAUACAUCCAAAUCUGUUCGGGAAUUCCGAAGUUAUGGUGGGAUAGAGGAACUCACAUUAUACCUACAAUCUACAUGAACCCUGAAAAUAUUACACUCUUUGUUUGGUAGUCAUGUAAUAAAAGGAUUGCAAGGAUAAGAGGAUCCUUGCAAUCCUUUAAGGUCUUUUAAGAUGCUUAACAGUCAGAACUGUAGACUGAAAUAAUGUGGUGUCCAAAAAGUAGCUUCAUCUUUUUGUUUUGAAAUAUUUAUUAAAUAAUUAAAACUUUGUGAGUUGAGUAGGUAUGUAUAAACUUAUAAAAUUAAGCGUAAAUUUAUAUAUUUAGCGUCUCUAUAGCUAACAUAAGUUUACCAUCAUCGUCCGUAAAAACAUUAUGUAGUGGAGCAAAGUAUCAUGAAGAUUGUGUAUUGAUAAUAAAUGGUUACACACAAUCUG